AAGUACGCGCUGUCAAAAGUGCGAAGCAGAAGAAAAGAAGUGAAGCUGCAAGUCCGCGAGAAGUGGUUGGUUAUGCGUUUUGCUGCAUAUCAUUCAAAAAAAUAGCGUAUAGAAAAGUGUCCGCUUGGAAUUCGCGGCCACCGAAUUGCGUAGACACCUGCCAGAAGCCCCUGCCUGAAAUGUUCCCCAGCAGAGGAAACCUCUCGACGUUACUGACGAAGGCCACGGUAGCGGCGGUGCUUCUGCUAUUGGUUACCUUUGGAGUCCGGGACAGUACCCAGCAGCAGUAUGAUGCGAACGACUACAUGAAACGGGAGCAUUCCCUAUUCAAACCAUACCAGGGCUCGGGGAUGACCAUUCCGUACUGGGACUUUAUCGGAUCGACGUUCGUGACCAACAGUUACAUUCGGUUGACGCCGGAUCUGCAGUCCAAGAGUGGAGCCAUCUGGAAUCAAAUGCCCUGUACAUCCAUCAACUGGGAGGUGCAUGUAAACUUCAAGGUUCACGGCAAAGGCAAGGAUCUGUUUGGCGAUGGGUUCGCCAUUUGGUACGCGAGAGAUCGGUUGAACACGGGACCGGUGUUUGGCAGCCGUGACAACUUCCUGGGACUGGCGAUCAUUCUGGACACGUACAGCAAUCACAAUGGACCGCACAAUCAUCAACAUCCGUACAUCAGUGCGAUGGUGAACAAUGGAAGUCUGUCAUACGAUCACGAUCGAGAUGGUACUCAUACGCAGCUGGCGGGUUGCGAAGCCAAGUUCCGAAAUGUCGACUACGACACGAUGAUCAGUAUCAGAUACGAAAACGAUGUUCUGACAGUGUCCACCGAUUUGGAGAACAAAAACACGUGGAAGCAGUGUUUCCAGGUGACGGGAGUCAAACUGCCGACCGGCUACUACUUCGGAGUGUCGGCCACGACCGGUGACCUGUCGGACAAUCACGACCUGCUCGCCAUCAAAUUUUAUGAACUAGAAGCCCCAGCGUUGCUUGCGGAAGACCGUAGCCGUAUCAUUCCCUCGGCGGAAACGUUCGAUGCACCGCGGGAGCACAAGGAGGACCCCAAGCAGGGCGGUAUGUCGAAUGUGAAAAUUUUCUUCCUUAUUCUGCUGGUGAUGCUGAUCGUGGUGGUGCUGGUCGUGAUCGGAAUCAUGUUCUACCAGAAGCACCAGGAGAACUCCCGGAAACGAUUCUACUGAGGAAGCGUCACAAAGCACACUGUCACCGAGGGAACAGCUUUAAAAUACCAAAAUUUCUACUGGUUUGUGCGCGGUGGCCACAUCUGGUCACGAUGGUUAAUUUCUGGUUCUGGGAGAUGAUGAAAUUCAGAUGAGGAAGGGUAGAAGUUAGAGCUACGUAAUAGUAAAGUUAGGGACUAUAGCAUGUAAUAGAAACAAAACGAGUGCAUUUUUUAACUAGGCAAACUAUAGCUAAAAACUGACGAAAGCAUGAAGAUGAUUUCAUCACGCAAGGAGUACGACCGGAUGUCUGUCCAAAUGAUGGGACUUAGGACCAAGAAGGGCUUUCGGUUCGCAGAAGCCGCCAACAUCACUCUCUUGAGACGUACCUACCUACCUACCUAUGAAACCUAGCUAAAUAAUGUUAAGUCGUCGAACCUAGUCGAAGUAUGACUGGAAAAAAAAUACGGAGUGCGAGAGAAUUGUCGAAUAAUUAUUAAAUUGUAAUUAAUAUAUCAAUAACUGAUACACGCUAUCGCACCCCGGUGAUUUAGGUUUUUAUUAAUAGUAUAACUCUCGGUCUGAGAUGUCUUCUUCCCUCUAGAAACAUCCUUCGUUUUGUGAUACCGUAUGUGACGAUCGACUAGGAUCACAUCUCUCAUCACGAGUCAGGAAAGGAAACUAACAAAAGUCCUACAUUAGAAUAACUAAAGACAAAGUGCGAAUUUCAAUUCAUCUCCUGAUCCAACUUCAUUGGGGACAAUUGGGUUUGACUGGUAAUACAAGAGAAGUCGAUUAUUUAAUUGCUGGGAGAAUUAAUCCAUUCAACUUUCGCUCCGCGAUCAUGUUAGGUUAAUAAAAAUCUCAAAAAUUGAAAA